AAAACGUCUAAAAAUCUGCCAACCACCGUGAAGAAAAAAAGACUGACCGAAUUUACUGGGAGUGAAAAAGAUUGUGAUUUUUCACGAUUUUCGAGUGAAUUUCCAGUGGAAAGUAAGCGAAUUUUGUUGAAAAUUGUAGCUGGCGUUGAGGGGAGUUGGAGUGUUGUGGAAUUCUAGUGGAAAAGGAGUGAUUUGAGUCGGGAUUUGUUUUGCAGAGCAAAAGGGUAAAAAGGCAAGCUUCAAGCUGGCAGCGGCAACAAUGGCCACCCAGCAGAGCCCCGCGAACCUGCAGGCGGCCAACAGCGAGAAGGUCUUCCAGUGGAUCAACGAGCUGUCCAAUCCGGAGACGCGGGAGACGGCGCUGCUGGAGCUGAGCAAGAAGCGCGAAUCGGUGCCGGAUUUGGCCCCGAUGCUGUGGCACAGCUUCGGCACGACGGCCGCCCUGCUGCAGGAGAUCAUCAACAUCUAUCCGUCGAUAAAUCCGGCCACGCUGACGGCACACCAGUCGAACCGGGUUUGCAACGCGCUCGCCCUGCUGCAGUGCGUGGCGUCCCACCCGGAGACGCGGUCCGUCUUUCUGGCGGCGCACAUCCCGCUGUUUCUGUACCCGUUCCUGCACACGACCUCGAAGACACGCCCCUUCGAGUACCUGCGGCUGACCUCGCUCGGCGUGAUCGGAGCGCUGGUCAAGACCGACGAGCAGGAGGUGAUAACGUUCCUGCUGACGACGGAGAUCAUCCCGCUGUGUUUGCGCAUCAUGGAGUCCGGCUCGGAGCUGAGCAAAACCGUCGCGACGUUCAUCCUGCAGAAGAUCCUACUCGACGACAGCGGCCUCUCGUACAUCUGCCACACGUACGACCGGUUCUCGCACGUGGCCAUUAUUCUGGGUAAAAUGGUCAUCUCCCUGUCCAAGGAACCAUCCGCAAGACUGUUGAAGCACGUCGUCCGGUGCUACCUGCGACUGUCCGACAAUCCGAGAGCCCGCGAGGCCCUCCGCCAGUGCCUGCCGGACCAGCUGCGCGACGGCACGUUCGCGGCCUGCCUCCAGGAGGACAAGUCGACCAAACCGUGGCUGACGCUGCUGCUCAAGAAUCUGGAGACGGUGAGCGUGCCGGGGGCGGACCCGCGACAGGUCGGCAUCUCGCCGCUGACGUCCUAAGCAUGGCCAGCAGCAGCACGUGCACGAAUGUUUGUCUUCAGGCGUCGAUUCGGGGUGGGAACAACCGUGCGUACCUGUGUGGAUGAGCACGAAGCAAACCGAACCAUGAUGUGUAGAGUACGUUUUAGAGCAAACUUGUUACGAGAAAUCAAAAAAAAAAAAGGUCCUCAAAAGAGUCGAAUUGAGCGCAGCAGCAGUUAGCAACACUUUGAUUGUAAAGAAGCAAGCUUAGUUUAAGAAAUUUCAGAAAGAGCAUCUCUUUCCUUGCAAGUCAGAUUAAACUACUUAUUUUUCACCCACGCAAAACAUCGGAACAAAAAAUGAUUUUUGCUUGUAACUUUCUAAUUAUGUUCUCAUGGCGCGUGCGCGCGCACUUUAUUUAAGUCAACAAACUUAUGAUUUUCCUUCUCCUUUAAGUUUUACCAAACUACCGUAAUUUUCUCUUGCAUUGUUUCAGUAUGAUUUGCGUUAGAAAAAAAAUCCGUUAAAAAGAAAUGUGUCCGAUCGAGAAAAAAAAACAACAACUUAGUCAGAAAAUUAACGCUGUUGAUAGCAGGUCGAUACGAAAUAUGCGACAAAAAUAAAAA